UCAGCUAAGCAGAGAGGGAUUGAUAACGAGAGUGAAGCGAUAGCGAAUGGGCGUGUGAGACAGGACUUUUCUGUCGUGACGGGCUUGUUUGUUGAUCUCUUCGUGUUUAACUUGGGAUUGUUCUGAAUUUGAUUGUUCUGAAGAGAUGGACGCGAACAGCGAGCAGCCGGCCGCAAUCGCGGCCACCGAGUCCGCCUCCGCCAACGAGCAGGAGCACAAUGACGAGGCAAUGGAGGAAACAGAGGAGUACAACUACGAGGGCGACGAUUACAGGCAUUUCAUGCCGCGUGGCCGCGGCGGCUUUCGGGGUCGUGGCAGAGGUGGGUUUGAUUUCCCUAUGAGAGGUGGGUCCCCAAGGUUUAGAGGAAGAGGAUUCGGACCACGUGGGCCAAUGUUCCGUGGAGCAAAUAAUGGAUUUCCUUUCGAAGCUCCACCAAGGCCAAAUUGUCCACCUGGUCCAGCAGGACCAAGAUUCCGAGGACCACCGCCGUUUGAUCCCAGCUGGGGACCAAUGGGACCUCCUAAUUUCAUGGGACCUCCAAAUUUAAUGGGACCUCCAGGAAUGCCACCACCACAUAUGAUGAAUGGCCCUAUGGGUGCAGGACCAGGUCCAUAUGGACCACCACCUGGAAUGGGACCACCUAACAUGAACAGCAUUCCAGGACAACAGCAGCCACCCCAACAAGCACAACAGCAAGCAAACAUUCCAGGUCUAGAUCUCAAUGGAGAAGUGUGGGUAGAGACGAAAGCGGCUGAUGGCAAGUCGUAUUAUUACAAUAUUCGUACGAGAGAUACCACAUGGACUAAACCAGAGGGACCAAAUGUAAAGGUCAUGGUACAAGAUCAGUUGGAACAGUUAGUACAUGGCGCGUCAAAACAAGCGGCAACACGUUCUACCACACCUACUCCAUCAAGUAGUACACCGACCAAGAUUAGUGAAAAUAGAAUUCCUCAAGGCGGUGAACAAUCGUCUUCUAAUAAUACAGAUGCUAUUAAUCAAUUGAGUACGGCACCUCCUGGUACCGGACCACCACCUACAUUAAAUGAUGCACCGGAUGUUAAUAACCAAACAUCUGAAACAAAUCAAUCAAACGGCACAGCACCCACAACAGUUACCAACACGCCACCGAUAAAUACACCGACAGUAAAUACAAACAUAAUGCAACCGCCGCCAAAUAUGAUCCCUAUGCAGCAUAGAAUGCCAAAUCAGUUUGGUAAUCCGAUCGCAACGCAAUUCGGAGCAACGCCCUUCGGAAUGCCACCGCCUGGUUUCCAACCUUUUGGCGGUUAUGGGCCACCACAAACAAAUUGGGGUAUGCCACAAAUGCCUCAUGGUGUAAUGACACCUCAAGCGCCUGCUGAAGAUCCUGCUAUACUAGCACAACUUGAUUCUGAAUUAGUAGCAGCUGCUAUGGUCUGGACCGAGCAUCGUGCACCAGACGGUAGAUUUUAUUACUACAACAGUAAAGCAGGAGAAUCAGUAUGGGAAAAACCACAAGCCUUGAAAGAUCUAGAAAAUGCGAAAUUAACAUUACGGCAGAAAAAUGAAGAAGCAAGUGCUGUUUCUACCACCAAUACCACCGUUACAACUACUGUUGUUACCAACAAUAGUACUACUACGGUUGAACCUAGCAAACAAGACAAGCCGCCAGAGAAUGUUCAAGAAACCAAAGAUAGUACAAAAGAUGUUGAUAACGCUAAACCGAAGAAAGAGGAAAAUACUGCAAAGGAACCUGCAAAACCUCAAGACAAGUCUAGACCAAUUUCCAGUACGCCAGUGCCUGGAACUCCAUGGUGCGUCGUUUGGACGGGAGAUGGACGGGUAUUUUUCUACAAUCCUUCUUCGAGGAUAUCAGUUUGGGAAAGGCCGGAUGAUCUUGUUGGCCGUCAAGAUGUGGACAAGAUGAUUUCAACGCCACCAGAUGCGAUUGGUGCUACAAAACCAGCACGUCAAUCGGAUACUAGUGAGAGUAGCGAUGAUGAUCAGCCCACACCAGCCAAAAAGAUGAAACACGAAGAUACCAAAACCACACCCAUUAAGGAAGAAGAAGAAAAGGAAGGAAAAAAGACCAUCGACAUCGGUAAGGAAGCUGCGAUAGAGGCCGAAGUGAGAGCAGCGAGGGAGAGGGCGAUAGUUCCAUUGGAAACGAGGAUCAAAUCAUUCAGAGAUAUGCUUGCGGAAAAAGAUGUAUCUGCAUUCAGUACUUGGGAAAAGGAACUUCAUAAAAUAGUAUUUGACCCACGCUAUUUACUUCUAACGUCAAAGGAAAGGAAACAAGUCUUCGAGAAAUACGUAAAGGAGAGAGCGGAAGAAGAAAGACGAGAAAAGAGGAAUAAGAUGAAAGAACGAAAAGAACAAUUCCAGAAGCUUUUAGAAGAGGCAGGACUUCAUGGAAAAUCAUCAUUUAGCGAUUUUGCUCAAAAACACGGAAGGGAUGAACGGUUUAAGAAUGUAGAAAAGAUGCGCGAACGAGAAAGCCUUUUCAACGAAUAUCUUCUGGAAGUGCGAAAGAAGGAGAAAGAGGAAAAAACAGCGAAACGAGAACAGGUAUUUCCACCACCACAUAUGAUGAAUGGCCCUAUGGGUGCAGGACCAGGUCCAUAUGGACCACCACCUGGAAUGGGACCACCUAACAUGAACAGCAUUCCAGGACAACAGCAGCCACCCCAACAAGCACAACAGCAAGCAAACAUUCCAGGUCUAGAUCUCAAUGGAGAAGUGUGGGUAGAGACGAAAGCGGCUGAUGGCAAGUCGUAUUAUUACAAUAUUCGUACGAGAGAUACCACAUGGACUAAACCAGAGGGACCAAAUGUAAAGGUCAUGGUACAAGAUCAGUUGGAACAGUUAGUACAUGGCGCGUCAAAACAAGCGGCAACACGUUCUACCACACCUACUCCAUCAAGUAGUACACCGACCAAGAUUAGUGAAAAUAGAAUUCCUCAAGGCGGUGAACAAUCGUCUUCUAAUAAUACAGAUGCUAUUAAUCAAUUGAGUACGGCACCUCCUGGUACCGGACCACCACCUACAUUAAAUGAUGCACCGGAUGUUAAUAACCAAACAUCUGAAACAAAUCAAUCAAACGGCACAGCACCCACAACAGUUACCAACACGCCACCGAUAAAUACACCGACAGUAAAUACAAACAUAAUGCAACCGCCGCCAAAUAUGAUCCCUAUGCAGCAUAGAAUGCCAAAUCAGUUUGGUAAUCCGAUCGCAACGCAAUUCGGAGCAACGCCCUUCGGAAUGCCACCGCCUGGUUUCCAACCUUUUGGCGGUUAUGGGCCACCACAAACAAAUUGGGGUAUGCCACAAAUGCCUCAUGGUGUAAUGACACCUCAAGCGCCUGCUGAAGAUCCUGCUAUACUAGCACAACUUGAUUCUGAAUUAGUAGCAGCUGCUAUGGUCUGGACCGAGCAUCGUGCACCAGACGGUAGAUUUUAUUACUACAACAGUAAAGCAGGAGAAUCAGUAUGGGAAAAACCACAAGCCUUGAAAGAUCUAGAAAAUGCGAAAUUAACAUUACGGCAGAAAAAUGAAGAAGCAAGUGCUGUUUCUACCACCAAUACCACCGUUACAACUACUGUUGUUACCAACAAUAGUACUACUACGGUUGAACCUAGCAAACAAGACAAGCCGCCAGAGAAUGUUCAAGAAACCAAAGAUAGUACAAAAGAUGUUGAUAACGCUAAACCGAAGAAAGAGGAAAAUACUGCAAAGGAACCUGCAAAACCUCAAGACAAGUCUAGACCAAUUUCCAGUACGCCAGUGCCUGGAACUCCAUGGUGCGUCGUUUGGACGGGAGAUGGACGGGUAUUUUUCUACAAUCCUUCUUCGAGGAUAUCAGUUUGGGAAAGGCCGGAUGAUCUUGUUGGCCGUCAAGAUGUGGACAAGAUGAUUUCAACGCCACCAGAUGCGAUUGGUGCUACAAAACCAGCACGUCAAUCGGAUACUAGUGAGAGUAGCGAUGAUGAUCAGCCCACACCAGCCAAAAAGAUGAAACACGAAGAUACCAAAACCACACCCAUUAAGGAAGAAGAAGAAAAGGAAGGAAAAAAGACCAUCGACAUCGGUAAGGAAGCUGCGAUAGAGGCCGAAGUGAGAGCAGCGAGGGAGAGGGCGAUAGUUCCAUUGGAAACGAGGAUCAAAUCAUUCAGAGAUAUGCUUGCGGAAAAAGAUGUAUCUGCAUUCAGUACUUGGGAAAAGGAACUUCAUAAAAUAGUAUUUGACCCACGCUAUUUACUUCUAACGUCAAAGGAAAGGAAACAAGUCUUCGAGAAAUACGUAAAGGAGAGAGCGGAAGAAGAAAGACGAGAAAAGAGGAAUAAGAUGAAAGAACGAAAAGAACAAUUCCAGAAGCUUUUAGAAGAGGCAGGACUUCAUGGAAAAUCAUCAUUUAGCGAUUUUGCUCAAAAACACGGAAGGGAUGAACGGUUUAAGAAUGUAGAAAAGAUGCGCGAACGAGAAAGCCUUUUCAACGAAUAUCUUCUGGAAGUGCGAAAGAAGGAGAAAGAGGAAAAAACAGCGAAACGAGAACAGGUAAAAAAGGAAUUCUUUACGAUGCUACGUGAGCACAAAGACAUCGACAGGCAUUCGCAUUGGAGCGAUUGCAAGAAAAAGUUGGAAACGGAUUGGAGAUACAGAGUCGUAGAGUCAGCAAGCACGCGGGAAGAUUGGUUUAGAGAUUACGUUCGUCUGCUGAAGGAUGAGCGGAAAAAGGAAAAGGAGAAAGACAAAGACCAUCGGCACAGAGAGAAAGAUCACAAGACGGACAAGAAGGACAGAGAUCGUAAGGAUUCGGAUAAAGGUAAAGAAACAAAGUCCGGCAAGGACAAAGCUGAUAAAGACAGUACAAGGGAGAAAAAACAACGAAAAAACGACGCAUCCCUAGAGGAAAGCGAAAGAGAGAAAAAAGAGAUGCUGGUAGAAAAAGAGAGCAGAGAAGUUGAAGAAGGUGAAGACAAAAGCGUUAAAAAGGAAAAUGAUAAGGAAGAGGGAGAUGACCAUUCCGAUUCGGAGGAGGAUCGUGAGAAACAGAAAAGGGAACGUGAAAGACGAGCGGAAGUUAGUCUUAGAGAGAGAGAGAGAGAAGUGCAAAGGACUCUAGCUACACAUCUUCGCGAUAGGGAUAAGGAAAGACAACAUCAUCGCCACACAGAGGCGGUUCAACAUUUCAGCGCUCUUCUUGCUGAUUUGGUAAGAAAUGGUGAUCUGGCAUGGAGAGAAGCGAAACGACAAUUGAGAAAGGACCAUAGAUGGGAGUUGGCGGAAAGCUUGGAUCGCGAGGAGAAAGAACGAUUGUUUAAUGAACACAUUGAACAAUUGGGCCGCAAAAAACGCGAUAAAUUUCGAGAAUUACUCGACGAAGUAGGCGCAUCGACUGAAUUAACGGCAUCUUGGAAAGAUAUUAAAAAAUCAUUGAAAGAUGAUCCUAGAUACUUGAAGUUUUCUUCUAGUGAUCGAAAAUGCGAGAAAGAGUUUAAGGAAUAUAUUAAGGACAAGCUUGUCGCUGCCAAAGCUGAUUUCAGAGAGCUUCUGCAAGAAACAAAACUGAUCACUGACAAAACGUACAAAAGAGUUCAAGAGAAUAGCUCACAUCUAGCAGAGAUUGAAGAAAUUCUUCGAAAGGAUCGUCGAUUUCUUGUGCUUGAGGCUACAGCCGCUGAACGGACUCGAUUAUUAAUGGGCUAUCUGGAAGAAUUAGCACGUAGAGGCCCUCCACCACCUCCUACUGCUUCAGAACCAUCGAGAAGAUCAACUACUAAUUGAAGAAUGAUCUACAUCGAAAUAUGAUACCCCUAUGACACAUAACAGUAACAGAAAUGAAUGAAUUUAUAGCUGUAGUUAAAUUGAAUUACUUUACACACGAAUUUAUCGCCUGUAUAGGAUUCAAUAAAAUUUAAUGAAUGCCAAUUCUAUAAAAUUGAGAUUGUAUUGCAU